AUGUCUCAUGGCUUCUCUUUGUCUUACCUAGCACCAGAGGUUUUCAACAAAGCAACAAAGGCAUUGUUCCCGAAACAUGAAAGCAAGACAGGUAAGCAGUAUCGAGUACCAAACAAUAGUUCAGAACAACAAGUACAAUGAUGAUAAGAAAGAGGGCCCUCGUAGUAAUGUAGCUUGGUCAACCAGGUCCAAUUUUGGAUUAUUGCGUUGACUUGUAUUAUACUCUGCCAGUUUUUGUUACAAACUUUCAGCAAUCAUCUUCUUUAUCAUUCCAAAAAUCUUGAAAUGGCGCGUAAGUUUCUGAGGAAUCUGUACCAUACGCUCGGUAGACCCAGACAACUCACCCCCGAUGAAAUUUCUUGGUCCCUCGACGCAGAGUUCGAACUCAGUUCGAGCACAAGCUCCCCUGAUGGAUCUAAACUAUUGAACGGAAUUGGGUGUACUGAAACCCUCGAGUCUGUUGAUUUCCCUUCUCUUAAUCUGCACUUCGAUGAGCAAGUUGAAGUACUCUUCCAUUUCAAUGAUUACUUAGACUUCUGGGAAGUUGAUGAAUCAGACUUCGCCUAUCCAGGUCUUUCACUUCUGGGGUUUUUUAGAGAACCGUCUCCAGUUGAUGAUUUGAAAGUUGAACUUAGCACAGAGAAUUCUGAUUUGUGGGACGUUAUUAAUCUCGAGAGCCGGUGUGCGAGUGAUCUAGAGGAAAGAUUGCGUAAAAUCCUCGAAGAUGCAGAGGAGGAAACCCAGCGAGCCGCCAUUGUGUAUCGUUCGGGUACAGAAAAUGAUCCUGGCUCUGCUGAAUAUAUCAGGGAUUCCAUAGAUAUUUCUUGGAGAAGCUCUAUGGGUGACAUUGCAGAUUCCUAUUGGCGAGGCUCGAUUUAG